CGCCCAUCCUCACCCGCCAUGGCCCCGAAUCAGUUCCAGUCAAAGUCCUCAGCCGCAAUCCGUCGCAGGCUCUCCAGCGUCAGCACUUCCAGGAGGCCAAAUGCUCCCGCCUACUCCACCCUCACCCCCAUGUGGGCGGGCAUCGCCGGCGCAGUCGUGAACAACAACGCCGGCUACGAGAUCGCCAUCUCCGUGCACGACUCCGUAUACAACACCGACUUCUCCUCCAGCGUCAUCCCCUACACCCCCAACCAGUCCGAGGAACAGUCCGCCGCCGUCGAGGAGCACAUCAUCCAGGCCAUCCGCAAGUUCUCCUCAGAGCAUCUCUGCAAAUUCCUCGGCGCAGGCGUCACUCUCAGCCUCCUCCGCGAGGCACCCAACCUCUGCACCCGCCUCUGGCUCGAACUCGACAUCGUCCCCAUCGUGUUCAACAUCAAGCCCUACCACACAGACUCCACAACCCGCCCCAACAUAAAGCACCGCAUCUCCUCCACGACCGGCUCCUACGUCCCCUCCGGCGCCGACACCCCCACCGUCUACGUCGACCACUCCGUCCUCACCGGCACCGUCCCCCCCAACUCCCUCUCCGCCGGCGUCGCACCCCGCCUCCCCAUCCCCCGCACCCUCGAUGAGCAAGCCGACUCCGCCGCUCGCAAGUGCCUCAUGUACUUUGGCCCGAACAACAACCCCCGCCUCAGCAUCGGCCCCCGCAACCAGGUCACCGUCGACGCAGGCGGCAAGAUACAUCUCAUCGACGACCUCGAGCCCUACCGCAACUCGGUCGGCAAAGGCACCUGGAACGCCGUCGUCAGGCUCGCCGACGAGCUCCGCGAGAAGAAGGUCAAGAUCGGCUUCUUCUCCUCUACCCCGCAAGGCGGCGGAGUGGCUCUCAUGCGCCACGCGCUCAUCCGAUUCCUGACCGCUUUGGACGUGGACGUGGCUUGGUACGUCCCGAACCCGUCGCCGUCCGUGUUCCGCACGACGAAGAACAACCACAACAUCCUGCAGGGCGUCGCGCCGCCCGAGCUGCGCCUCACGCGGGACGCGGAAGAUAACUUUGACGCGUGGAUCCUCAAGAACGGGCUCCGCUGGACGGCGGAGGGCGGCCCGCUCGCGCCUGGCGGUGUCGAUAUCGCGUUUAUCGAUGACCCGCAGAUGCCGGGGCUCAUCCCGCUCAUCCGCAAGGUGCGUCCGGAGGUGCCGAUCGUGUAUCGCUCGCACAUCGAGAUCCGGAGCGACCUCGUGCACGUCCCCGGCUCGCCGCAAGAGGAAGUGUGGAAGUACCUCUGGAAGAACAUCCAGCUUGCGGACCUGUUCAUCAGUCAUCCGGUCAACAAGUUCGUGCCUAGCGACGUUCCGAUUGAGACCUUGGGCUUGUUGGGCGCCGCCACCGACUGGCUCGACGGGCUGAACAAGGAGCUCGGCCCGUGGGACACGCAGUUCUACAUGGGCGAGUUCCGCUCGCUGUGCGCGAAGGAGAAGAUGAUCGAGCUCAAUUGGCCCGCGCGCGAGUACGUGAUCCAGAUCGCGCGCUUCGACCCGUCCAAGGGGAUCCCGAACGUGAUCGACUCGUACGCGCGCUUCCGCGCGCUGCUGCGCGCGCUCGGGACGAUCGAGGAGGAGGAGAUGCCGCAGCUGCUCGUGUGCGGGCACGGCGCGGUCGACGACCCCGACGCGAGCAUCAUCUACGACGAGAUCAUGCACCUGCUCACCACGGACGCGUACGCGCCGUACGCGAAGGACAUCGUCGUCAUGCGGCUCCCGCCGAGCGACCAGCUCCUCAACGUGCUGAUGGCGAACGCGAAGAUCGCGCUCCAGCUCUCGACGCGCGAGGGCUUCGAGGUGAAGGUCUCCGAGGCGCUGCACGCGGGGAUCCCCGUCGUCGCGUCGCGCACGGGCGGGAUCCCGCUGCAGAUCCAGCACGGCCAGUCCGGCUUCCUGUGCGACGUCGGGGACAACGCGGCGGUCGCGCGGCACCUGUUCGAGCUGUACACCGACGGCGCGCUGUACGAGCGCGUGAGCGAGUUCGCGCGCACGCACGUGAGCGACGAAGUGGGCACGGUGGGGAACGCGGCGGCGUGGCUGUACCUCGCGGUCGUGUACGCGCGUGGGGAGAAGGUGCGCCCGCGCGGGGCGUGGAUUAAUGAUUUGAUGCGGAAGGAGACGGCGCAGCCGUAUGUGGAGGGCGAGACGCGCCUGCCGCGCGGCGGGCUGGAUAUCCAAGGCUGAGCGGCGCCGUCAAAAUCGUCACUAAUGGAAGGGAAUCGCGCGCGCGCGUGCGUGCGUGCGUGCGCGUCUGCUUGUUGUUUUGUGUACUACUACCCCCCCUGGCCCGCGACCUAGAGCGUGCCCGUGUACCCCGUGCGAUCUAGCGUGUUGUAUGUUUUUGUCCCUGUUGUUGCUCCUAUCGUUGUUUUUUGUUGUUGCUGUGCUGCCGAUCGUGGCGUCGUUCGCGUAGAGUAGUAGCUGUACAGUGGCUGCGUUUACCCUCUCGGGUUGCAUAGAGCAGCGCGUACGCACUGCGCGCCCUGAUAUCAACGAUGGUACUGAUCCUUC